AUGAAGGUGGCACCAUCCUCGUCGGCAGUGUGGUCGCUCAAAGCGCUCCAAGCCAAAGUGUUUGGUACGACGUACAACCCUACACAGGCACGCACUGGUGCCAAAGUGCUGCGUCAAAGGUUACAAGGCCCUUCGAUGUUGGCAUACUACCCUCCCACGGUGAAUUUCCGAGCGAUUCAGAAGCUCGUGCCUGGUUUGGGAAGGCUGCAAGACGUGCGCGAGACGCAGAGGUUGAAGGAUGUCGAGAGGAAGAAGAUGCUCGGAAAAGGUCCCCCAAGGAAGGGCGAGGGUCGACGUGCAGCUAUGAAGGGCAAGAAGAAGUAA